AUGACGUGGAUUCUAUGGGGCAGUGGUAACGCGUCCGACUCCAGGCCAGGAAAAUCCAACGAUACGCAGGUGUACGACUCUUCAGCAGCAGCAGUGAACGAAUCGGAUGGUUGCCUCCUGCGCCAUAACACGGCGUGUGGCACGGCGUCUGGCCUGGAAGUUUACCUGCGACACUUCCCCCAAGAAGACUCUCUGGGCGACGGCCAGCGCCUCGGGCAAGGGCACAGGGUGCUGGUGCACCAGCCGGACGACUUCCCCGAGGAGGGCGGCAGCAUCUUCGUGCCGCAGCAGCGCCUGGGGCUGGCGCUGGCGGGCACGGUGAAGGUGUCGCCGUCGCUCACUGAGAGCAGCGCCGAGGUGCGCGCGCUGCAGCCCGCCGUGCGCGGCUGCCUCUUCGCCGACGAGCGCCGCCUGCUCGUCUCGCGCCAGUACUCGCUGCAGAGCUGCCUGCUCGAGUGCCGCCUGCGCCACUUGGCCGCGCAGUGCGGCUGCCUGCCCUACUUCUUCGCCGGCCUGCCGCUGCCCAACGUCUCCGAGUGCACCUUCGCGCAGAUCGCCUGCCUCAGCAAGCACAGCGCGGACCUGCGCUUCUACCGCCCGCCAGAGCGCAUGCGCGGCGUGGAGGGGCGGCUGCGGGAGCGCAUCUGGCAGCGGCUGGUGGACCGCGGCAUCGACUGCUCCCACUGCCUGCCCACCUGCCACGACAGCACCUACGACCUCGAGGCGGACGUCACCACCGACAACAAGCUCACCUCUUCCAACACCACGUACCUCGACAUCUUCUACAAGGAUCUCUACGCCGUUAAAUACGGGAGGGAGCUCUCCUUUGGGGAAACAGAACUGCUGGUGUCGUUCGGGGGCAUCGCUAGCCUGUUCCUGGGCGUGAGCGUGCUGAGCGGCUUCGAGCUGCUCUACUACCUGUGCAAGCUGUGCGCGGCGCUGGCGUGCGGCGGCCGGGGCCGCGUGGCGCCGCGCAGGACGCCCAUGCGCGUCGCGGCGCGCGCCGCCGCGCAAAGCUGUGGGGCAGCGGCGCCGCCGCCCACACGCCGCCGCCCAAACGCCCGCGCCGCCGGGGGCGUGCGCCGAGAGCGGUGA